CUAAUUCUGAUUUCUGACAGCACAGGCUUGUACAGCAGUGUUUACGAAACAAUUCCUAUCUAUCUCAAUACCUUUGGCUUCUCAAAAUGUCCGACCCGGAAAGCGCACCCGCAAACCCAUCGGAGCAAGACUCCGCUCCACAGCUACAGAACAACCAAGACCAACCUGCCACCACCAAACUCGGUCCCGGCGGCUUCUCCUUCAGCAUAUGGCCUCCCACUCAGCGCACCCGCGACGCCGUCAUCCAUCGCUUAAUCGAAACCCUAUCUACUCCUUCCGUCCUCUCCAAGCGCUACGGGAUAAUGGCCCCCGACGAAGCCUCCGCCGCUGCACGCCAGAUCGAGGAUGAGGCUUUCUCCGCCGCCGGCCUCUCCUUCGCUUCCGACAAUGACGGCAUCGAGAUCCUCCAGGUAUAUUCCAAGGAGAUCAGCAAGCGGAUGCUUGAUACCGUUAAGGCCAGAGCUACCACAGGUUCGUCUGCCGUGGAUAACGGUGUCGAUCAGACUCCUAUCCCUGAGGUUCCUCCUUCCACUUCCCCCGCCGCAGAGGACGUCCCUGCCGCCGAGGAGUCCGAUACCUGAUCCUUGGAGAUUAUAGUAUGUUAGGGUGUCCUUGUUGAGGGAAUAUAUUUUAAUAUUUUAUAAUAUGAUGAUCUAUCCGUAGAACUUUGUUUAUUUCUUGCGCCACCUAUCUUGGUUAUAUAUUCUUCCUUUGAACAUCUCAGGUUGUUUUAAUUUGCCUUGUUUAUGUUCAACUCGUCUUUAUGCAAUUCAUUUGCUCC